GGUGUGAUAGUCCCUCCUCUCCCUCUGUUUAUUGAAUUUAUAUUUAUUUAUUACACUAAUGAAUCCCCCAAAUCUCUCUUUUCUUAGAAUCUAGGGUUUUCAAAUUCAGAGCACCUGGAUCCAAAUCCAGUAAAACUCUAGUCUCCCUUACAAAAUUUAGGGUUCUAAGAGUUGCGGUUUCCUUUGAUAUUCCACGAAUUUGCUUUUGGUUCGCAGAUUAGGGCUUUCGCUAGUUCUGUUUGACUCUCAAUUUCUUAGUUCGGAAGUUUUUUUUUUCUGGAAAGAUUUUCUGUUUUCUUUGCGGCGUUUAGGGAUUUGAUUCGACUGAGAGUAUCUUUUGUUGUCGUGGUUUUGAUUGACGGACUACAUCGUGAAAAUUUGAAAUUUUAGUUUUUUGUAAUAAUGACUAAGGUUGGCGAGGAGGAAAUUGUAUAUGAGAGUGAUCCCGAGGAAGAGAAGCGAUUGCUUGUAAGGAGAAGAAGAGAAGCUGCGAGCGACGACGAGGAAGGUGAAGGAGAAGAGAAGCCUAGAAAUAAUCGGAGGGCUCCAAUUCACUCCGAUGAAUCUGACGGUCAGGGUGGCGCUGCAGACUAUGACGACGACGAAGAAGAGGCAUUAAAUGAAGAGGAAGAUGAAGAAGAUGAAGAGGAAGAGGUUUAUGAAGAAGAGGAAGGGAAUAAGGAGGGAGUAGGAGGCAGCGGCAAUGCUGGGGUUGAGGUUAGGGAGAAGGAAAUCGAGGGGAGGAAGGAGCAGGUGGGAGGAGAGGAGAAAGUGGAGGGGGAGGAAGGGGAAGAGGGGAAGAAGGGGAACCAGCCUUUUGCGGUGCCUACUGCCGGGGCUUUUUACAUGCACGAUGACAGGUUUAGGGACAGUGCUGGUGGUCGGCACAGGCGAACCUUUGGUGGAAGGAAUUUGUGGGAGUCCAAAGAUGAUAAGAAAUGGGGGCAUGACAAGUUUGAGGAGAUGACAUUUCAGGAAAGGCAUUAUGAACAGGGAAGGAGGACUGCUAAAGGUAAUUUUCGGGCCCGUGGUGGUAAAAUUCGAGGUCCAGAAUGGGGAUAUGCCAGACGGAACAGGUCUAAAUCAUUCAGCGAUGAUAACAAUCAGAACCAGGCACCAAAAGUUGUGAGAGGGAGAGGACCCAGAAAGUUUGAAUCUACUUUCAAGAGUCGCAGAGAGACGCCUCCAGUGCAAAACAAACAGCCUGGGAAACCCUUUGAGAAACGUCCACAUGGUAGUUCAGGGAGAAUUUUGUCAUCUUUGUCAAAUACAGAAUCUGAUGAAUUGCCCGCUAGAAAACAUUCAAGCUUGAGCUCUGCUUCUCCUCCCUUUUAUCCUUCCGGAUCUUCAAAUAAAGACACCACUUCAAGUCAAAAAAGGGAUAUACACGGUGCAAGCACAAGCAAGAAUCUUCGCACUCCUGUUAUAGAUGAGAAUUUUCCUACACAACAACACAGUGCAUUGGUGCGGGGGAAGAAUAUAGCCGACUCUGUUUCAAUUGACAAGCUUUAUAUUGAUGAUUCCAUCACUCUGGCAGCAGGAAAGCCUUUGAGCAAUAUGCAAAUGCCACCUUCUGGAUCUUCUGUGGUCAAUUCUAUUACAUCUUCACAAUCUAGGGCUCAAGGAAGGAGUGCAGCUAUGUCAAGCCAGAUGACUUACCAGGGAGCUCCGCAGCAGAACCAAAUCAACAAAACCUCUCCCACUGCGCCGAUCCACUCUCUUCAGCGAAUUCCUGCUCAAAACCGUAUUCAACCUUCUGCCCAGCAGUUAGUCCAACAUCCUAGUAGCAAUUCUCCAGCCUCUUCUCCACCAAAAACUGCUUUGUCACAAAAUUCUUAUGAAGCUGUUGAAGCAGAGGCUGCUGUGGAAUCAAGUAAAUCCAGAAAUGCAUUGGUUGGAAAGGGAAAAGGUAUAAUUCAAGGAAAUGGAAGAGGAUCUUUUCUUUAUGGUGGGACACAGGUUGUGGGAGCCACCACAGGGAAUAUUGGUGUUGGGCAUGGUGAUCAGAACUUCUCUGGAACACCAACCUUUUUGCCAGUUAUGCAAUUUGGUGGUCAGCAUCCUGGUGGUCUUGGAGUUCCUGCGGUUGGCAUGGCAUUUCCUGGAUAUGUUGCUCAGCCUCAACUUGGCUUAGGGAAUUCUGAAAUGACAUGGUUACCAGUUCUGGCUGGUGCUGCUGGAGCUUUAGGGGCUACAUAUUGUUCACCUUAUAUUUCGGUUGAUGGUGCUUAUCAUGCUCGCCCAUCUGGGAAAACAUCUUCCUUGGGUUCUUCAAGCAAAGAAAGUAGUACUAAUAUACCCAAUAAUGAAUGGAAGAAUACACAGAGACCUGAAUAUGCAAGUGAUGAAUUUGGACAGCGACAAAAACCUCGCAGAUACUCAGAGAUGGAUUUUAAGCAGCCAAGUACAAGCACUUAGAUGAAAUGGAGUGUGUUUGAAUAAGCAGAUAAAGGCCUUUAUGAGGCCCUUUGUGAUCUAUAGCUUUUAUUCUGGAGGGCUUUGGGCCACAGUAUGUCCCAGGAUGUUCUAGUUAUGUAACAAAAAACCUGUUGUUGCUGCAGUCAAUUGGAGAACAUAACUGUGGCUUGGCAGGUGGCAUUUUGUUGUUUAAACUUGUGGUUUUCUUGUGGCUUGGUUUAUUAGUGAAGCUUGUGAGAAAUGUAUGCGGGCUUCUCCAAAAACUAUAUACGAAAAAAUUGGUAAAAAAAAAAAAACAAGAAUUAUUGUGCAGAAGGUGUUUGGUCGGUGACUUUGAGUUUUGCUUUUACAAAGCAGCUGGUAUUUGAGUAUUUCUAUCCGUCUUUCAUGCAUGUGUCUGGUUGAUCAGUAAAGUCUGGUUUUGAGGGUUCCUUUUCUCUAUGCUAGAUUUUUUUGUUUUGUUCAGGACUGCCUUCCUGCUGAAAUCAUGCGGGUAGAGAUUAUUUGUUUAGUGGACUCGUCUUUGUGGGGACAUGUACUCUUCUAAGCAGUGGAAUGAGGUUAUGAUUUAAAAUA